AUGUCAGACCAGACAGAAGAAAAGACAAGUAACGGUACCGAGGCACAAGAACAACUCAAAGAUGAGGGAUCUUUCCAGUCUAGAGUUGCUCGACUGAGUCUUUGUGAGGAUGGUAAGUCGCGAGAAAUGAUCAUGAAGAGUAUCCAAAAUACCGAUCAAAGCUCUAGCGAAACGCCCGUUGACGAUGUCAAAGAUGACAAUGAAUCUUCUAAGCUUUCACAGAUCAGACCCAAAGCUGGGUCCAAAAGAAGAAGACGAUCAAGUGGAAUCACCCGUCCUAGUCUUGCUCACAUAAAAGACAGCAAUUGCGAAGUACUUUCUUCGUCGUCGUCAGUACUCGUCACCAAAAAAAAGAAGAAAGCUUCACAACCACCGCAGCUAACCAUCGGCCAAAAAGCCUACGAUAAGACAGUGUCUAUCAAAGAUUUACGAGAUCUAGUGCUCUACCUUUUCGACGACACUAAUAAUGCACCAAGAUGGCUGACAGUUGAAAACCACUCUUCUGUAAGCAAAGUGGUAGUCCUCUUUGUGCCCGGUUUGCUACCAGAAGAUCUUGAAAAUAGCACAGAGCUAACUAUCGACGGGGACAAGACGAACAAACCGCAAAGCGCAUCCGACUCUCUUUCUGAACCUCAGUUUGUAAGUGAAAUGCAACGUGCGCCAGUCACAACACCGGGUUCAGCCAAUACAAUCUACUCAGCUUAUAACGCCUUCGUGAACGUGAAACUAAGCAAAAACGAAAAGGAGCUGAAAAAGCAGGAGUUAAGUAAAAAGAAGAUAACACUGAAUGAUUUGGUGCUUCGACUCGAUCAACUACUGGAGAACGAAUAUCCAAUUCAUCAAGAUGCUGCUGGUCUGAGCGGCGAAGAAAAAGAGCUCUUGUCCGCUGAACAACGAGCCCUCCAGCCGGUUUGGAAAGACACACAACCUUUUGAGCAUGAUGGUUGUCGAACCUUUUCGAUGGAUUGCGAAAUGUGCAUGACCGAAAAUGGUCUUGUUCUCACGCGCGUAAGUCUUGUCGAUUUUGAUUGCCGUCUCAUCUAUGACAGCUUAGUUAAGCCGGAUGCCACCAUAACGGACUAUCUCACCAAAUACAGCGGUAUCACUGAAGAAAAAUUGAGAGAUGUAACGACAACUUUGGAGGAUGUCCAGUGCGAUCUAUUAAAGCUAGUAAGCUCCACGGAUAUUCUCAUCGGUCACUCUCUACAGUCUGAUCUGAACGUCUUAAAGUUGAGGCACCCGAAAAUUAUAGAUACAGCGAUAAUCUAUGAACAUAAAGCGGGUCCGCCUUUUAGACCAGCCUUAAAAUACCUUGCCUCUGAUUUUUUGAAUCAAGAUAUUCAGAAUAGCGAUGGUUUAGGUCACGAUUCUUUUGAAGACGCAAGGGCUUGUAUGGAACUUACUAAACUCAAGAUAGUCAAUGGUUUGAGUUUUGGAGUGGGCAUCAACACUGAAAAUCUUUUUCACAGAUUAGCCAAACGUGGCAUAAGAAGCAUGUGUUUGAACGACUACGCUCCUAAAUCAACUGGGCUGACCGGGGUUGGGCACUCUGCUGAAGCAAGUGUGAGAUGUCAAGACGAUAGCCUCAUUUUUGAAAACAUCAAUGAGCACCUUCAUGACUUUAACCUAUUUGUUGGAAGGUUGAGAGACCUUGAAUUUUCCAGGAAAUAUGCGGUAGCGCCUAAAUCUGAUUUUAGGAAUUUAGAUGUCUCGGCCGCUCGAAGUAACUUUUUCAGCAAGCUACAAGACCUUUAUUGCAAGAGCCCACCCUCCACAGUCUUUAUUGUCUGCUCUGGUAACGGUGAUACAAGGGACUACAGCAAGAUUAUGAGCGAGCUUAAUGCAAUGAAUAGGGACGAUAGAAAUGAGCAAAGGAAACUGAGAGAAAAGGAAGUACAAGAAGCCGUUGUGAAGGCUAGAAGUUCGAUGCUAUUACUAGCGGUAAGGAAAUAA